GGCGGCCGGGCAGGGCCGGCCCCGCAGCCUCCGCCCCGUCCCCGCCGAGGACCCUCGCCCCGCCGCUUGACACGAGGGUGCAGAGCUGUCCGCGCCCACGCCGGGGCCACCGACGCGGGGGAGCCUCUUCGCCAAGGUCACCGCGAAGGCGGAUGGUGCUGCGCGGCGCCACCUAACUCCGCUCUGCAGGCCGAGCGUGGCCAUCUAAGUCGCUUUUCCUCCCCCCUCGCUCCUCGGCGAAGGCUGCGGUGACAAGGGGGCUGCAGUCUCACUUACAGCUCGCCUACCUGGGUAUAGCUCUCGGCUGGGCUGGGUGGAAACCCCUCGAUUGCCCACUGCUAGCACCGAGCACCCGUUCUAGCAGUUCUGUCUUUCUGGCCCUUGGAAACUUGGCAGUGUUCGAAAGCUGGACACAACCCGCUUGAAAUUGCGGGGCACACACAAGUGUGCUCGUGAGUGCGUGUCAGCCACGAGUUAACAUAACCGCCUCCUGCUGAAGAUGUACUUGUCUGCUUUUGAAAAUAGCAUUCAUCCUCUCCUGCACCGGUGGCGACACCCUAAGCCAUGUUGAGCUUGUAUUUAUCACAGCGUCAAAAAGAAAAAGAAAAAAACUACUGAACCUCCCUGAACUUUGGGCCUCAACCAAAGUAGAUUUGUCUUGCCUUUUAAAAACUUCAAGAUGGGAAGCUCUUGUCUAGUGACGUGACUCAUUAUGUGAUCCCAGACUGGAAAGUUGUUCAAGAUUACCUUGAGGUCCUGGAGUUUCUGGAGUUGAAGGGAAUUAUCUUCAUGCAAACAGCUUGUCAAGCUGUGCAGCAUCAAAGAGGCCGCAGACAGUAUAACAAAUUGCGAAACCUGCUGAAGGAUGCGCGUCACGACUGUAUUCUCUUCGCCAAUGAAUUCCAGCAGCACUGCUACCUCCCUCGGGAAGGAGGGGAGCCCAUGGAGAAGUGGCAGACCAGGAGCAUAUACAAUGCAGCUGUCUGGUACUGUCACCAUUGCCAGGACAGAAUGCCAAUCGUCAUGGUGACAGAAGAUGAGGAGGCCAUUCAGCAGUACGGAAGUGAAACAAAAGGAGUGUUUGUGAUUUCCUUCAAGAGUUAUCUGGACAAUUUCUGGCCAGAUUUAAAGGCUGCCCAUGAACUCUGUGACUCUAUCCUUCAGUCACGCCGGGAGAGAGAGAGUGAAAGUCAGGAGAGUCAUGGGAAGGAGUACCCCGAACAUCUUCCUCCAGAAGUGCUAGAAGCAGGGAUCAAAUCUGGGUGCUAUGUCCAGGGAAUUCUGAACGUCAAUAAACACAGAGCACAAGUAGAAGCUUUUGUUCGACUUCAAGGAGCCAGCAGCAAAGACUCAGGGUUAGUCAGCGACAUCCUUGUACAUGGUAUGAAGGCCCGGAACCGCGCGAUUCAUGGAGAUGUGGUGGCCGUGGAACUGCUGCCCACAAGUGAGUGGAAAGGAAGGACGGCUGCCCUGUGUGAGAACGACAGUGAUGACAAGGCCUUGGGCGAGGCCCCGAGCGAGCCCAUGCCCACAGGUCGUGUGGUGGGCAUCCUUCAGAAGAACUGGCGAGAUUACGUGGUGACAUUUCCAUCCAAAGAAGAGGUCCAAUCUCAGGGCAAAAAUGCUCAGAAGAUCCUGGUUACCCCUUGGGAUUACAGAAUUCCCAAAAUCCGGAUUAGCACGCAGCAAGCAGAGACCCUGCAGGACUCCAGGGUGGUUGUGCGCAUUGAUUCCUGGGAGUCAACAUCCGUGUAUCCAAAUGGACAUUUUGUGCGUGUUUUAGGAAGAAUCGGUGAUCUGGAAGGGGAAAUUGCAACCAUCCUGGUGGAGAACAGCAUUUCAGUUGUCCCCUUCUCAGAAGCUCAGAUGUGUGAGAUGCCAGUGAACACACCAGAAAACCCCUGGAAGGUGAGUCCCGAAGAGGAGCAGAAACGUAAGGAUUUGAGGAAAACUCACCUUGUGUUCAGCAUUGACCCCAAAGGUUGUGAAGAUGUGGAUGACACCCUUUCUGUCAGAACUUUGGAGAACGGCAACCUGGAGCUUGGGGUCCACAUUGCAGAUGUGACACACUUUGUACUGCCCAAUUCCUACACCGAUGUCGAAGCUAGAACAAGGGCCACCACUUACUACUUAGCAGAUCGGCGCUAUGACAUGCUGCCCUCUAUCCUCAGUGCUGAUUUGUGUUCCCUCCUGGGAGGCGUUGAUCGGUAUGCUGUAAGUGUCAUAUGGGAACUGGAUAAAACCUCUUAUGAAAUUAAGAAAGUAUGGUAUGGUAGAACCAUUAUUCGGUCAGCUUACAAACUGUUCUAUGAAGCAGCCCAGGAGCUACUGGACGGAAACUUCAGCAUUGUUGAUGAUAUUCCAGAAUUCAAAGACUUAGAUGAGCGGAGCCGACAAGCCAAGCUGGAGGAGUUAGUGUGGGCAAUUGCAAAGCUGGCUGACAUAGCUCGUCAUGUCCGAGCAAAGAGAGACCGCUGUGGUGCCCUGGAACUGGAAGGCGUGGAGGUUCGAGUGCAGCUUGAUGAAAGAAAGAACAUUCAUGACCUCAUCCCCAAGCAACCCCUGGAGGUCCAUGAGACGGUGGCUGAAUGCAUGAUCCUGGCCAAUCACUGGGUGGCCAAGAAGAUCUGGGAGAGCUUCCCUCAUCAGGCCUUGUUGCGCCAACACCCUCCUCCACACCAGGAGUUCUUUUCUGAGCUUCGGGAAUGUGCGAAAGCAAAAGGCUUCUUCAUAGAUACUCGGUCCAACAAAACGCUGGCUGAUUCUCUGGAUAAGGCCAAGGACCCCAGCGAUCCAGUGGUGAACAGGCUGCUGCGCUCCAUGGCUACGCAGGCCAUGUCAAACGCGCUCUACUUCUCCACCGGUUCGCAUGCGGAGGAGGAGCUCGGUCAUUACGGUCUCGCAUUAGAUAAAUAUACCCACUUUACUUCUCCAAUAAGAAGAUACUCAGAUAUUGUAGUGCACCGACUACUAAUGGCAGCCAUUUCAAAAGACAAGAAAGUGGAAAUUAAAGAAAAUUUGUUCAGCAACAAAGAUCUUGAGGAAUUAUGCAGACAUAUCAACAACAGAAACCGAGCAGCGCAGCAUUCUCAGAAGCAGUCUACUGAACUCUUCCAGUGCAUGUACUUUAAAGACAAAGACCCUGAAACUGAGCAGCGCUGCAUAUCUGAUGGAGUUAUCUAUUCAAUUAGAACAAAUGGGGUGCUUGUAUUUAUACCGAGGUUUGGGAUUAAAGGUGCUGCUUAUCUAAAAAAUAAAGAUGGUUUAGUGAUCUCUUGUGGCCCAGAUAGCCAUUCUCAAUGGAAACCAGGAUCUCUUCAACGAUUUCAAAACAGAAUCACCUCUACCACAACAGGAGGGGAAUCGACAACAUUCCAUUUGUUUGACCAUGUGACAGUAAGAAUAUCUGUUCAGGCCCUGCGUUGCCAUUCUGAUACAAUCAGGCUUGAAAUAAUAAGCAACAAACCAUACAUGACACCAAACACAGAACUUUCUCAUCAGAGUUCCCUCUUGCUGAAGAGUGAGUUAGUGAAAGAAGUAACCAGAUCUGUGGAAGAAGCUCAGCUUGCUCAAGAAGUAAAAGUAAAGGUCAAUGAGGAAGAGUAUCAAGAAUAUCGCCAAACAAAGGGAAGAAGUCUAUACACACUUCUGGAAGAGAUAAGAGACCUAGCUCUCCUGGAUGUUUCAAACAAUUAUGGAAUAUGAAACACUUCAUUAAGAUAAUUUUGUCUUACAUGUUUUACCAUCUUGCCAAAUUCAACGUCUAAUUCUGUGUCAGUCGGUGCUCUAGUUUUGAGACUGGGUGGAUAUUUCAUGUGUACAAUGAUCUCAUACAUCACUGAAGUUGCCUUAAAUGAAAUUAACUAGGUCACUACUUAUAUAUAGUGAAUGCAGGCUCCGCAAGGCAGUUUAUUAGUCUCUUUAAUAAACCAG